CAUACUUUUGGCUGUACAGUGUAUAUUAGAACAGUCUUUGCUACUGCCUCACUCUCUGUUAUAAGUCAUUAAUGUUUAGUAUGUUUUGACAGCAGAUAUUUCUGGCCCAGUGAUCAGACUGAUGAGCACAGGGUGUGUUUAGGAAGUGUGUGUGCACUACACACUGGGCUCAGACCGGUUUUGUGAUUUGCUAAUAAACACAAAAUGUAAACUGAAAAACAAUUUCUCAGGUAGUGUACUCAACUACUUUACUUUAUCAACUUGAAUAAAUUACCUUGUAUAUCAGACAUGUUUGUUAACUCGAUUUAAAGAAAGAAAUGAAAGAAAUCUCGAGCCUCAGCUCUCCCUCAGACUCAUCACCGCAUUUCCUCGCUGUCUGUUUUUUUGUCGGCAGAAUGACCCACAUGCGGCUGUCUGGGAUUUUCUUAAAGGGAUAACAUGCAGCUGCUGGUCUCUGGAGCUAAGCGAGCGUUUUAUUCCUGAUGUUAGCUUUCCUCAUGCCGUGAAGAUGGACGCUUUGCUGCGCGAAUACACUCAUGUUGGUCCUUGAAAAAGCUUUUUCAGGGGAAUGCAGUCAGCAACAGAGGAGAACAGUUGUGAUGGCGCCUCGGCUGUGCCCACGGGUUCGGUGGUGCAGGUGUGUUUCCCCAACGUGCAGACAUCUGUGCUGGACAGCCUUAAUCGCCAGCGUGAGGACGGGCAGCUGUGUGACCUCUCCAUACAUGUGCAGGGACAUGUUUUUAAAGCCCAUCGCUGCGUGUUAGCUGCCUCCUCACCUUACUUCCAUGACCAGGUGCUACUGAAGAACAUGUCCACAGUGUCCAUCCCAGCUGUUAUGGACCCACUGGCGUUUGAGAGGGUCCUAAGCUGUGCCUACACUGGCCAGCUGCAGAUGCUGCGUGAAGACAUUGUCAACUACCUCACCAUUGGGAGUGUGCUCCAGAUGUGGCACAUCGUGGACAAGUGCACGGAACUACUCAGAGAGGACAGAGGAGGUUCCUCUGGGCCACAGGGUACAGCUCCAUCCUCAGAGAGCACGAGAUGCAGCAGUAUUGCUAACAGGGACGCCUGUGGAGGAGAAGAACACACGCAGUCUAUGGUGCAACCUCUGAACCGUCCCUCACUGAUCGAGAGUCAGUCCCCCAGCAGUACUAACUACUUCAGCCCCAAAGACGCUAGUUUUGGUGGAGCAAUGGCAAGUACUGGAACAGUGGGAGAUGGAGGCAUACAUUCCACUCCUAACUACUGCAUGCCGUCCAGUCGAGAAGAUGCUUUCCUAAUUGAUGAGGAGGAGGAAGAUGAUGAGCUUGUGUACCCAAGGAAACAGGAACAGGGGAGCGGCAGGAGGAAGAAGUUUACGCCUGCCUCUGACCAAGAAAUCGGAGUGAGUGACAGUUUCGGGGUUUCGUCCUACCAGGAUAUAGAGUCGUCUCCACCGCAGAAGCGCCCCGUGUACAGUCAGCCGAGCAUCAUGCCUCGCAAGCAGUGGGUGGUGGUAAAAACCGAGCGCUCCAGGGAUGAUGACUUCAUCGUGGUCUCUGGAGAAGAAGGAGGUGAAAAUGAAGAUGAGCAGGAGUUAGAGAUUGCCAAGGAGAGAGAAAGGGAGAGGACGUUUAAUAUUUCUAACGUUAGGACUCUUUCUGCAGACCUCAGCAGCAGGGAGGAAAUUGAAGCACAGGUUGACUACUGCCAAUCACCUGAAGACUACCUCAAGUUUGAAAGUGGUUUGAUGGACCAAACAUCAUCACAACACACUUUGGAGAACCCCAGCCAGAGCACCAGUCGAGCAGUUACUGCGUUACUGAGCUCAGUCCAGACAGCCGCUGCCAGAACACAGCUCUUCCCACUGGACAUGCAGGGGAACCAGAUUCUUCUCUACAACCAAGCUUCUCCUACAGUUGGGCUGCAAGAAGCUUUGCCUGGGGCGUCACUAAAAGGAACUUCGGAGCAUGGAACAGUCCACCUGACUGGGCAGGGUGGAAUGGACAGCGGCUUAGACGGGUUAGACGGCAGCGGGGCUGGCGCUAAAGUGUUUAUGUGCCACUGUGGCAAAAGGUUUACUCACAAGAGCAUGCGAGACCGCCACAUCAACAUGCAUCUAGAUCUGCGGCCUUUCCACUGUCCGGUUUGCUCCAAGAAGUUCAAGAUGAAGCACCAUCUCACAGAGCACAUGAAGACACACACAGGUUUGAAGCCCUACGACUGCCUUAGCUGUGGGAAAAAGUUCAUGUGGCGUGACAGCUUCAUGAGGCAUCGCUCUCACUGUGAAAGGCACGGUGGCAUCAGUGGUACUGCCGAGGCCCAGGGUUCAGAAGGGUCAGUUAUUUCCCCUCAAAAUCCUCUUCAGCACCAGCCUUCAGGCAACAAAGGUACUCAAGGCAGCGCUGGAGGCAGAAGUGGAAUUCCAGUUUUGUCUCCACACCACUCCAGUAGUAGCAGCAGCAGUAGUAGUAGUAGAAGUGGUUUGAGCAUGGCAGUCCCUGCGUCUCUUUUAGGGAUAAAUCCCCAGAGUGGAAUGUAUGGCCAUGGCUCUGGUGUUCUGGGGCUAGAGGUAAGCCAGAGUGAAUGUGGGGAAGAUAUAAGUGAGGUUUGUAUAGGUGAAAACAGUGUCACUUAAGCAUCACUUCAGCAUCCUUUCAAAAAGCAAAGUAUUGCCACAUGGGACCGUGUGUACAGUCGUCCGGUUGUGAUAGUGUCCGUGAGCAUGAUCCAUGUAACAAGAUAGGAAAGAAAUAAUUUAUCGAUCUUAGAGCAUUUAUAGUCUGCAUUAAAGUAAAAUCGUGCACAGUCCACAGAAUGUUAGAAAACUUGCUAAUUGAAUUGAUCUUUUGGACAAAUUUCAUCACUAAAAGAAAAAAAUAUAUUUCUUAAUAUUUUUGUAGGGCAACACUUCACAUUACCUCAAAGAGGGAAAUAUCACACAUGGGCUCUUAUUUACACAUUUGAUGAUGCUCUGUGUGUAAGAGCCCACAACUUCAGGCAGUUUGCACUCACAGCGUAUAACGAGAGGACGCAUCCUUUCAUUUCAUCAUCUGCGCCGUUACACCCAACUUCAGGCAGUACAUUGAUCUGAAGCACACCAGGGGGUGUAUUCAGAGUCGGCCACUUAACUCCAAACAUUACGUCAAUAUUUACACGAGGAAAGUUCCUCCUGUUCAAAGAUGCUUUACGCACCAGGUUGAGUUGAUUUUCUGGGUGUGCCAUUUAGAUUAUGCACAUCACCUGCGUGCAGCUCACGCCUCCGGAGCUGCUAGAUUGUUCUUGAGUAGACACGUUAAGAGACUUUUUUUUUUCCAGUAAGCGUCUUUAAAACACAAGCACUUGCCUUUAAGCUCCCCAAAAAAUCAGGGAUAGAAAAUGCAGACUGAAGACGGAAAAAUGUUUUUUUCCCCCUCGCUUUCAAAUUUAAAACCAUGUAACAGAAAAGCGUGGAACAAUUUAAAAAUAGAAGAUAAAAAAAGACUAAUAUGAUGUAUGUGUGGCAGCCUGGAAAACAAACCCUUCACAUGGUCAACAUAUAUAUAUAUAUAUAUAUACUUAUAUAUUUCUGAAAACCACAAGUUUUCCUGCACUUAAAUAUGAUUCUCUUUCGCACAUAUUUCAUCCAGAAGUAACAUUUAAAGUCUGGCUAACCCCAAAAAAGGAGAAAAUUUCAUCUUCAAAAUUUCAUUCAAAUUCCAUGCCACUGAAAGACACCUUCCUCUAAAUUUAUAACUUUCCACCGAAAAUUGGUACCCUUCCACCUUUUAAAAAAAAAAGAACAGAAAAAAGAAAAAAAAGCUAUUUUUCUCUACAUUAAGUUGAAACUUACAUAAGUGCAUGAUAUUCAAUAUUAUUUAUUUUACAUCAAAUAGAAUAGAAACUAUACUAUUGAUUUAUGAUUUAACAUAUUAUUUCAAAUAAGAAAACAAAUGAAAAUGGCAUGGACAAAAAUAUUGGUACCUUGAACUUAAUAUGUUGUAGCACAGCCUUUGGAGGCAGUGACAGCAGCUUUCUGUAGUUCGGAAUAAGGUUCCUGCAUUUCUCUGCUGCUAGUUUGACCCGCUCUUCUUCCGUCUCUCCCCUGCGAGUUUCAGAUCUUUCCACAAAUGUUCAGUGCUCUGGGUCGUGAUCCUGCUGUCCAGUCUGGCCUUCUGUGAGUUGCUUUGAAACAACUUCUUAAACUUCUUUAUAGUAUUGGCAGCUGCGUUCACAGGAAGAAGCUCAAGCUCUUUAGAAAUGAUUUUGUAACCUUUACGUUGAACAUGCUUGGCUAUGACCUUCUUCCCUCCUCUCCUCAGACACUGUCUGCUUUUCCUUCUGUUUGUGUGCUCAGUAUGAUCUCCACAGUGGAAGACGGCUAGACGAGUAACUACAUCCGGAACUACCUUUAACCUGGCUGCAUGAGUGAUUAUAAGAUUGGAAGCACCUGUAAUACUAAUUAAUGGUCUGCUCAAAUUAUCACUACAAUGCAACUUUUUUCUUACAACUUUCAAAGGGUACCAAUAAUUUUGGUCACGUCUGUAAUCUACUGAUUGGAAAAACAACGUAACUGACAAAUUGCAGAGUUAUAAGUUUACAAUAUGAAAUGCUAAUUAUCACUUUAAUUAUCAGCAUCAUCCACGUCAGUCUCUGUCUCGUCACUUGAAGUGAGAUUUACUCGAGGCAUUUGAUCUAUCAGAGCCUCAUCAUUUCUUCACUCGACUGAUCUCUCUGUGCUCUUACAUCGAGGAAAUAACCGCUGAUUCGUUCACUCAGCUCUGAUCUGUUAAUGUCUUAAUGUCUUUAUUAGGCCGUUUAAACGUUUUAAAGCUGUACAGUGGGCUCUUCUCUGUUUUGAUGAUGAUGUGAUGGCACAGGAGCAUUUUAACAUCCAACUUUUUAACUUCUGGUAUCUGAACAUGAACUGGAGCAAGUCUGUUUCACUAUGGUGCGUAACUUUGCAAAAAACCUGACCAAAAUUGUAAGAAAAUCACUCUUCACUAGCAAGGCUUUAGACAUCUCUCGGCAGACUGUUUGUUUUUAUCUGUGUUUGUUAAACUGAUGUGAUCUUUGCAGGAAGAUGCCAAGGCAAGGUUAGAAAAUAACCUAAACAAAAACAUGUCCAUCAUUUUAAAAUCAGAUUUUUGUCUUUUUGGCUGGUUUUAUGCAUUCAGUAGCCGUGACUUCCAGCGAGUUGCUGCAUGAGUAGUCCUAGGUGUAAUCAUCACAGGGCUUCCACAUUCAUUCAUUAUUCAGCAGCUUAUAAAAUAGCACUUGAUCCAGCACAUGCUGUUGUGUGAUUUUUAAUUUUUAAUAUUGUGCUUGGACAGUUACUCGUGCACACAACUUAAUGAAGGCGCAAGACGCUAAACCGAGGUCAUGAAAUCAUAAUGUGAGUGUGGGAUGUAAGCUAUUUUAUCUCACUUUUAAAUUGCUGUUUUGAGUUGUUAAAUUAAUAAAUAAUGCUAAUAUUUUUGUUUGUCUGUAGUCGGUCCAGCAUACAGCCCUCCAGCCGUCAUGACACAGUAUAUUUAUUAAACAUGCUUCAUUUAUUAAACAUCAUUUAUUUAUUAAACACACACACAGUUAGUGUUUUAACUGACGCAGUAGGAUACAGCUGGAAAUAUAGCCCAUGUCCUCUUUAGCUUACGGACAUAUGCUGCAAGAUAUAGCAGGACUGUGGUCAUUUGUAGUAUUUCUAGCAGGAACCCAAAUAUAACUCAAGCAAAACAAAACAAUGCGGUGAAUAGAUCGAGUGUAAAUGGUGGCUGUGAUUAACAUGGGAGUGUGUUGGGCAUGGAGCUGCUGCGUCUGGUGUAAGGGCUUCAGAGGAGCUCCACAUGAAGAAGUUUUAAUUACUGCUUCAGUCGGGUUUAUCUGCGUAGAACUCCAAUAAACACUGGUAAAAAAAAUCUCCUGUGACCCCAUCUGCAUCUCCGAUAACCCCACGGGUUACUGUCAUUUAGAUAAACGACUGUGAAGAUUAUUCGACUUUCCCUCCGUGCUUUUCAGCAUGGCACUCUCAUGAAAAAAUAAAGUGAAAGCAAAAACUAUAAAACUAAUAGUACACACAUACAGACUCGGCCGUACGCUGUCUGGGAAGCUAGCUGUAGUGCCGCUCUGCACCGGUUCAGCCCCUUACUGCAAAACACACAGCUCAUCAAUAUCCUGCUGUUAAUCACACACAGCCGCCUGCGUUCAUUCAUCACCCCACACGCUCUCCACGACUCCUCUACCCUUUCACAGCCAGCCCAUGACCACGCCCAUGCGGCCACAACCUUCUGACCUGAGGUACGUCAGUCUUCAUUACACUCAACUCGAAGUCCACUCGUCCCCACAUUCCAGUGACCCGCGUCUUCAUGAUAAAUAUUAUAAAUUUGGAAUGUUUGUGAAAUUUACCAGCCUGGGACUUGGCCAUACAUUUUAUAUAGUUCUGGAGACUUGUACAGUUUUACCUGUUACCAAUACCAACGUAGAGUGUUAAGCCACUGGCUUGAUAUCUGGCUUUUGCUUUCUUUUUGUUUUUUUUGUACUGGAAAGAUAAAAGUCUUUCAAAGUCUCAACACUUCUCUGUAAUAUCUUCAUGUGAUUAUAAGCAGAAAAUUUCCUCACUUUGUGAAUUUUAGGAAGUUAAUUACAUAUUUUAUUUAAUUUUUUUUUAUUUUCCUUUAAAAAAGGAGAAGGAACAGAAGGUAUUAUACUCAUGAAGGGAUUCGCUGCAUUCCAAAUCCUAUUUCUGUGAAUUUAACAGAGGAGCUGGUUAACAGGAGUUCACUAUAUAAUAAUAAAGAACUGAGAAAAUGGCAUAAUGAGUAAUUGAAGAGUUAUGAAUACUACUUCUAAUUUUGAUUAUGAAAGGUUUGCCUUCUGUGAAGGCUGUUGAAAUGAUUUGCCAUGUUUUGAAAUGGACUUGUAGCACUUUUGAAGUGUAAAGAAUGUGGACUUAAUGAGUAAUUGUGUAGAAACUGAGCUCAGAAAUGUUUUGAACAAUGCGUUAAAUUGGAUAAUUUCAGUACACUGAUGUAACACUCAGCCUUUUCUCCAUGUCAAGGAUGAAUUUAACCAGUGUGGUUUAAAAGGACCAAAUCCUGUUACACAUUUGUCAACAAUAAAGAUUCACUGGGAAAAAAAAAAAGGACUUUUGUUUUUUUUUAAUUAAGAAAAGGACGAGAAAUCAGUUGGGAAAGCGAAAGAUAAGAGGGGAAAAAGGAAAAUAUAUAAAAGAAGACAGUAAAGAUGAAAAAAGGGAUUAAAGAAAUAUUAUGUGCAUGUUCAUGUACUCAAGUACACACACACUCGCGUUUAUGCCCACACUCCACCUGGGAUACGUGCACACCUGCUUACAAGGACGCGGGAAGUGCUGAGAGUGCCGGAGCACACCGGACUUUCAGGAUUAAUAAUAAUAUAUAGAUAAACAAUUAAGUUUGUAUAUCAGAGAUAAUGUUAUGGAAUGUAAUUGAGACUCGAGUCUUCAGGAUAGAGGAGUGUACGCUUUCUGGUUUCUCAGUAAUUUACCAAGCUGCAGUUUUUGUCUCGUUGACAUAAGAGAGAGAACCUGGCGAGGGAACGACUGUUAAUAGCUACUACACUGAUCAGCCAUUACAGUAAAACCACCUGCCUAAUAUAGUGUAAAUCUCCCUUGUGUCGCCAAAACAGCUCGCACACGCAUCAGUGAGCCCUGGGAGCCCAUGAUCCUGUCACUGGUUCACCGGUUGUUCUUCCUUGGACCACUUUUGGUAGGUACUAACCACUGCAUACCGGGAACACCCCACAAGACCUGCUGCUUUGGAGAUGCUCUGAUCCAGUCGUCUAGACAUCACAAUAUGGCCCUUGUUAAAGUCGCUCAGAUCCUUACACUUGCCCAUUUUUCCUGCUUCCAUCACAUCAACUUCAAGAACUGACUGUUCACUUGCUGCCUAAUAUAUCCCUCACCUUUACAGGUGCCAUAGUAACGAGAUAAUCAGCGUUAUUCAUGUCACCUGUCAGUGGGUUUAAUAUUAUUUAUUGAACAGUGUAUAAUGUUAUCAAUAACAGGAACUAACGUCUGAGUUGGGAAACUUGCUGACUUUUACACUUGAGACUAAAGGAGACUAAAAUAAAGGUCUCAGAAAACUUCAUUACAUCAACAAUUACUUGCUUUUAUUUGUUAAACAACACGUUUUUAAUCCAUAUAUUAUGAGGCUUGCAUUAUAUGAAUGAGCUGUUACUACAGGAACGACAAUUUAUUAAAACUU